UGACGGGGGUCCUAGCGGUGGAGUCGUGCGGGGAGCAGAGUGUUUACAAAUUGAGUUUGGAAAAAUGCCAGCUGAACGUAAGAAGCUGUCAAGCAUGGAGGAGAGAGAUUCUGUUAAAGACUCUAGUGAGAAAAGGCCAACAAGUAGCAGAGAGAGAGUCAAAGAUGAGAAGUCAGGCAGCAAAAGAGACCAAUCAAAGGUCACUGAGGAGAAGAAAAAGAAACCCGAUGAUGAACGACGCAAGAAAGAGGAUAAGGAUGUUAGAAAGAAAGAGGAUGCUAUAGCGAAAAUUGAGGAAGAAGAAAAGCAAGUGCAAGAUGAAGAGAAGAAGGCGGCUGAUGAUCAAGAAGCUGCUGCAAACCAGUUAAAAGAGAAAGAAGAAGCACAUCAGCUGCACCAGGAAGCCUGGGAGCGUCACCUGGCCAGGAAAGAGCUUCGCAGCAAGAAUCAAAACGCUCCUGAACAACGACCUGAAGAACACUUCUUUAGCAAACUGGACUCCAGCCUCAAGAAAAACACUGCCUUUGUGAAGAAGCUUAAGACCAUUACUGAGCAGCAAAGAGAUGCGUUAUCUCAUGAUUUCAAUGGCCUUAACCUAAGCAAAUACAUAGCGGAAGCCGCCGCUUCCGUAGUUGAAGCGAAGCUUAAAAUUUCUGACGUUAACUGUGCAGUCCAUUUGUGUUCUCUGUUUCACCAGCGGUAUGCAGAUUUUGCUCAGUCUCUCCUUCAGGUAUGGAAGAAGCAUUUUGAGGCUCGGAAAGAAGAUAAAACGCCCAAUAUAACUAAACUUCGAACAGAUUUGCGCUUCAUUGCCGAGUUAACGAUUAUUGGGAUCUUCACGGACAAAGAAGGCCUCUCUUUAAUCUACGAGCAGCUGAAGAAUAUCAUUAAUGCCGAUCGGGAGUCUCAUACUCAUGUGUCAGUAGUCAUCAGUUUCUGCCGUCACUGCGGUGAUGAUAUCGCAGGCUUAGUUCCCAGAAAAGUUAAGCAUGCAUCUGAGAAAUUUGGUCUGAACUUUCCCCCAAGUGAGAUCAUAACCCCAGAGAAACAACAGCCUUUCCAGAAUGUGUUGAAGGAAUACUUCACUUCCCUGACAAAGCAUCUAAAAAGGGACCACCGAGAGCUGCAAAACAUAGAGCGCCAGAACAGGCGCAUCCUUCAUACCAAGGGGGAACUGAGUGAAGACAGACACAAGCAAUAUGAAGAAUUUGCAACAUCUUAUCAGAAAUUAUUGUCGAAUUCCCAGUCCCUCGCUGAUCUCCUGGAUGAAAAUAUGCCUGAGCUUCCUCAAGACAAGCCUGUAACAGAAGAACACGGGCCCGGUAUUGAUAUAUUCACACCUGGAAAGCCUGGUGAUUAUGACUUAGAAGGAGGCAUAUGGGAAGAUGAAGAUGCUCGCAACUUCUAUGAAAACAUGAUUGACCUUAAAGCAUUUGUCCCUGCCAUUCUGUUCAAGGACAAUGAAAAAAGCGCUCAAGGCAAGGACCUUGGAAAAGAUGAGUUAAAAGAUUCCAAAGACUGUAAAGAGAGUGAAGUGCCUACAACAGAAGAAUUAGAACUGGAAUUGGAGGCUUUGGAUAUAAAUGAUGAUCCCAUGGAGCUAGAAGGUAUAGAGGAAACUGAAGACUUAACUAAAAAACUCCUCGAUGAACAAGAGCAAGAAGAUGAAGAAGCAAGCACUGGCUCUCACUUGAAGCUCAUAGUGGAUGCAUUUAUACAGCAGUUGCCUAACUGUGUCAAUCGGGAUCUGAUAGAUAAGGCUGCAAUGGAUUUCUGCAUGAAUAUGAACACCAAAGCAAACCGAAGGAAACUGGUUCGAGCGCUUUUUAUUGUUCCUAGACAAAGAUUGGAUCUGUUGCCAUUUUAUGCCCGAUUGGUUGCUACAUUGCACCCAUGUAUGUCGGAUGUGGCAGAAGACCUUUGUUCUAUGUUAAAAGGGGACUUUAGAUUCCAUGUAAGGAAAAAGGAUCAGAUAAAUAUUGAAACGAAGAACAAAACCGUGAGAUUCAUUGGAGAGCUUACCAAGUUUAAAAUGUUCAGUAAAACAGACACUCUGCAUUGUUUAAAGAUGCUGUUGUCAGACUUUUCACAUCACCACAUUGAGAUGGCCUGCACCCUGCUUGAAACCUGUGGACGGUUCCUCUUCAGGUCUCCAGACUCGCACUUGCGUACCAGUGUUCUGUUGGAACAAAUGAUGCGCAAGAAGCAAGCCAUGCACUUGGAUGCAAGAUAUGUAACAAUGGUGGAAAAUGCCUACUAUUAUUGCAACCCACCCCCUGCUGAAAAGACUGUGAGAAAGAAGCGACCACCUCUGCAAGAAUACAUUCGAAAGUUGCUGUAUAAGGACCUCUCCAAGGUCACAACUGAGAAGGUCUUACGGCAGAUGAGGAAGUUGUCUUGGCAGGAUCCUGAGGUGAAAGAAUAUGUCAUCUGCAGCAUGAUCAACAUUUGGAAUGUGAAAUACAACAGCAUCCAUUGUGUGGCUAACCUCUUGGCAGGCUUGGUGCUUUAUCAGGAGGAUGUUGGAAUUCAUGUGGUAGAUGGUGUGCUGGAAGAUAUACGUCUAGGGAUGGAGGUAAAUCAGCCAAAGUUUAACCAGCGCCGGAUAAGCAGUGCAAAAUUUCUUGGAGAACUUUAUAACUAUAGAAUGGUUGAAUCUGCAGUUAUUUUCCGCAUACUUUUUUCCUUCAUAUCGUUUGGUGUGAACUGCGAUGGUACUGCCAGUCCUCUCGAUCCUCCUGAGCACUUAUUUCGCAUUCGAUUAGUCUGCACCAUUCUUGAUACCUGUGGGCAGUACUUUGACCGAGGCUCUAGCAAACGCAAACUUGAUUGCUUCCUGGUUUAUUUUCAGCGUUAUGUCUGGUGGAAAAAAGGUCUGGAUGUGUGGACUAAAGAUUACCCAUUCCCUAUAGACAUUGAUUAUAUGAUUAGUGACACACUGGAGCUGCUGAGACCAAAGAUGAAGUUGUGUAACUCGCAAAGUGAAGCAAUGCGGCAAGUGCUAGAUUUGGAGCGAGAGUUUCUUGUAAAACUAGGUCUUGUGACUGACAAGGAUUCAAAACAUUCCUUGACUGAAGGGGAUGCACUGGAGGACGAGGAUGAUGAAGAAGAGGAAGAAGCUGGGGCAGAGACUGAAGAACAGUCUGGGAAUGAAAGUGAAAUGAACGAACCUGAAGAAGAUGAUGCUUCUGAAAAUGAAGAAGAUGAAAGAGAGGAAGAAGAGGAGGAAAACACCGAUUACAUGACUGACUCAAACAAGGAAAAUGAAACUGAUGAAGAAAACACUGAGGUGACGAUGAAAGGAGGUGGGAUCAAGCAUGUUCCCUGUGCAGAAGAUGAAGACUUCAUUCAGGCUCUAGAUAAGAUGAUGCUGGAAAACCUUCAACAACGCAGCGGAGAGUCUGUGAAAGUACAUCAGCUGGAUGUUGCCAUUCCCUUGCAUCUGAAGAGCCAGCUGAAGAAAGGACAUGCCUUUGUCAGUCCGGAGGGAGAGGCAGACUGCGGAGACACAAUGCCGUUUGUAAUGCUGACCAGAAGAGGCAACAAACAGCAGUUUAAAAUUCUGAAGGUACCAAUGUCUUCCACACUGGCUGCAAAUCAUUGGAACCAACAGCAAGUAGAGCAGGAGGAAAGGAUGCGGAUGAAAAAGCUCACAUUGGACAUUAAUGAGCGUCAAGAACAGGAGGACUAUCAGGAAAUGCUGCAAUCUUUGGCUCAGCGUCCAGCUCCAGCUAAUACUAACAGGGAGCGUCGGCCCCGGUACCAGCAUCCAAAAGGGGCACCAAAUGCAGAUCUUAUCUUCAAGACUGGUGGCAGAAGACGUUGAUUUGGUGACUAGCGCCAUUCCAUUGGGCCCUAUACCUGACAACAUGGCAAGUGGAGUCCUACAGAUUGCGUGAGAUCAGCAGCACAUCGCAGCAUGUUCAGAAAAGAGUUCAGGACAGUGCUGGGAGCCAGGAGGUGUAGAAACAGCAGCCUGAUGUGUCCAGGCUGGAAGCUUCUUCUCAACAGACACACACUCAGAGUGAGCACUACUUGUUGACAAGGCAUCACAGUGGCCUUACGCUGGAAGAGCAGCAGCGAGAUGGAAGACUUUACAUAGCAAGCAGUUCAGUUAUUAAUAGGAAGAGUUUCGUUUUAGUAAAGACAAAUUGCAAACGUUAAGAUUUGCAUGGUGGGAGAGUUGAACACAAACUUACAUUAUUUCCUCUGGCGGGUAGAAGACAAACUCUUCAGUGGCAGCUGACCCAACUCACAGAGGCAAUAAAGUGGAAAACCUUUUUCAAAAUGUGGGAAAAAGUAAUAAAAUUUAAAAAAAGCUUUGUUUACAGUAAAUUUUUCUUUAGUUUGCAUUUAGAAAUAAGUUAUAAUAGCAGGUAAAACAUUGUUGCAGAGCUUUAGCCUUCUUCAGGUUCAGUCAGGUUGUAUUGGCAUUUUUUUCUGCAGUAAAUGAAGUAGGAUACAUGGAUCUCCCGUUUCAGAUAGCAGCAGAAAGACAAAUCACCCCGAAGUGUGUUAUAUGCACAGCUGGCUUCAUAUGCCACAGGACGUGUGAAGAAAACCAGAAAUACAACAGACUGUAUAAACUGUGUGUGUAUAAACAUUGCGCGUGGAGUUGCACACCCUUAUUUCUCUUGAAUGGUGAAUAAAUGUUGUUCUGUUCCCCUUAGUUUAUUUAGCAUAUCUUUUUUUUCUUUCCUCUUCAGACUGUAAAUAUAUUGCAAAUAACACAGAGCACAUGUAUGUUCUUAUAUGUCUGUGUUUUUUUUGUUCUUUUUGCGUUUUUGUUUUGUUGUUUUUUUUUUUUUAAAUGGCUUUUUUGGGUAUUUGUGCAUGUUGGAGAUUUGAAAAGAAGGGGAGGGGAAAAAAACUGUAAAGGUGUAUUUCCAACAAUUAUGCUGCACGAUCUUCACCAGCUCAAGCAACCUUUUGCCAACGCUUUAAUAAAGUGUUGUACAUUGUA